AUCACAAACAGAAUACUGGGGUUUCCACGCUAAGAUGUAUGGUGGAAUUGGCUUUCUGACUUUUGAUUCAAAAGUUAAAGUAGGAAGAAAAGGUCUCUCUGUUAGCCGAGGCAUGACCAUACGGGUCCAUACCAAGCGACUUGCUAUUUCAUUAUUUUUCUUUCCAAAGAUAAAAAGCAGAAGGAUGUCAAAAUUUUUGAAAUUUUGCCAGACGUGCAUUUUCCGUUAUGUUGCGAGAGAGGGGAGGCGAGAACAUGCGAAGAUCAUCAUGAUUUUUGUGAGUGUUUGGCCAGGAAACCAACGGCACCAGAAAAAGUGAAGACGUUUCAAAGUCUGGCUCAUAAAAAGUAAGUUGGAUAGGUAAGGUUGAUUUUUGGUGGUGAUGAUAAUGUUGCUGAUGAUGAUGGUGGAGGUAGGGAUAAUAAAGGUGGUGAUGAUGGUAAUGAUAGUAAAUGAUGGUGGUGUGAUGGUGGAGAUGAGGAUAGUAAUGAUGAUGCUGCCUCGAACUCUAGAGGAUCAUGGUGUGAUGAUAAUGGUGGUGAUGUUAACGAUAAUGAUAAUAUGGUGAUGAUGAUGAUAAUGAUGAAUCAUGAUGAUGAUGAUUGUGAUGAUAGUGAUGGUGGUGAUGGUAAUCAUGAUGGUGAUGAUGACGAAGGUGGUGAUGCUGACGAUAAUGAUGAGAUUGUGACGAUGAUCGUGGUGAUGGUAAUCAGGGGUGGUGAUGUCUAAUCUUUCCAAAACAACCUUAUUCUCGAAUGUUUCUGUGUUGGUGUAAUGUACUCAGGUGAAUAUGAUGUUUGUGAUGUUACUCUGAGUGUAUAUCCACACCGGUCAAGCUUGAAAAAUAUGCCACCGUGGCCAGGCAUAUUUUUCAAGCUUGCCCGGUGUGGAUAUACACUCAGAGUAACACCCGCCACAAGCAUCAUAUGUGACUGAGUACAUUACACCAACAAAGAAAACAAAUCAUGAUUACUAGAUUACAUCGAUAUCGAAGAAACUAGACUCAGUUCCGAAAGCACAUACUCGCACCGACCUGACCGCUCAGUUGGCGGAGCAUUGGGCUAGUAUUCCAAAGGUCGUGGGUUUGUUUCCCAUCGUGGCGAGGCAUAUUUUUCAAGCUUGCCCGGUGUGGAUAUACACUCAGAGUAACAUCACAAGCACCAACCUUAUUCUCUUCUCUCAGAUACCACGAGGAUUUCUCAGAACUUAUCCCAAAUUUACAAGAAUCUUACAAAAAUUCGAAGAAAUACUUUUUCCAUGGCUACCACACUUCGGUAUUCCGUGGCUAGAAUGAAAGGAAAGUAUAUAAAAUGCGGACGCCAAAGAGCUAUAGGACCACUAUAGAGCCGAAAUGGGCAGAUAAUGUGACCGCGGUUAAUUUACGAACGAUUGUAGCUUAGCAAAAACACUGUUGUUAGCUUACUUGUCAAUAUAACAACUAAACGAAGUCACUGAAAAUUAUAUUAUUCAAACAAGUACACGAAACUAAAUAGCUCUGUCAGUUUUAAACAGAAUUAUCACAACAGGAGUAAAUCUAAACUAAACUAAUUUUAUUAUUACCCUAGAUAGAUAUCAUAUCUACUCUGACUACUCAGUUCUAAACUGCCCUCUUUUCCGUUUCCACAAUUCCGCGUUUCAUCCCUUUUUCCGUGUUUUAUCCCCUACUCCGCGUUUUAUCUUUCCGUUUCUGGUUCUGAAAAGCCUGAUUUGCAGGCAAACCUCUGCAGGCAAAUAGUAGCCUGCGUGGCAGCCAUUGGCAUUGUUUAUUACAGUAAAUAUAUAAAUACUUUUAUUCUUUAGAAUUUAGGAUCAUCUCUAAUAUUUCUAUUCACUGAAUCACCGGUAAGAUUUUUAUAUAUUCUAGAAAAGCUAUGUAUUGUAAAAAACAUGGCAAAUCAACCUGAUACGGCUUCGUCAAGCGACCUUGAUGAAUUCAGUGAUGGCGCCUCUGAGGAAGAAGCUUGGGAGGACAGAAUACCUCAGUGCAAACAUUCAGCAGUUCAUCACAGCUUUUACCAUGAAGUUAGUUCCGAAAAUAUUGGAGAAACUAUCAAAGAAAGAAUUCGUAGCAAAAUAGAUGCUAGAACGUGCUUGGAAUUUUAUUUGGACGACGAAAUCUCGAAUUUAAAGGAACAGAUUCAUAUCGUGAAAACUCGCCCGAAAGACAAAUGGCCUGAGCAUAUGCGUUUAGCUGUUUUAAUAUACAAUACAAAAGAAGCUUUGUAUUUAGAGGAUUUAGAGAAGCGUUUGGAAGUCGCGGAAGGGAAAAAAGAUGAACGAUUACAGAACACUCCAAACUAUAUGACAGAAUCGCUUGACAUAGUAACAGCUGAAGUAAUGUUGAAAAUUAACGGCGUUGUUCGUAUUCAACGACAUGCUAUUAAAGGCAAGCGUGCACAUGGCUCAGGAACGGGUAUUUUAGUCAGACUGAAUUGGUCACAAACUCAGUAUACAGUUAAAAAAAGCGAAAGCGAGGAUUUUGCCAUUUUGACAAACAACCAUUUAAUAGAAAACGAUUCUGAACUUAAUGGUUCAACAGUUGAUUUUUUCUACAAUGCUGCAGCAGGUGAUGCAGACCCUCAUGGUCAGGGUGUUGUUACCAAAAACGUGACUAAGGUCAUAGCGUGGUCCCCAAAGGCGCCUUCUGGGCAGGAAGCUGCUGAUGAGUGUAUGGAUUUUUCCAUUUUGAAAUUUGAUAUGGGUACAGACGAGGAAUUUAUUAAGACCCUGGGUGAGGUUGCAUUGUAUCUGAAUGAAUUUCUUCAAAAUGAUUUGCCAACUACGCCACACCUUGACUUUCCCAUCCCCCUUCUAAUCAUUGCCAUUAGCCACCCUCAUGGCAGCAACAAAAGAAUAAGCUUUGGAUCAGUCGAGGAAGAGGAGGUACGAAAGUUACUGUGUAAAAAAGAUACUGACAAAAGAAUAAGCUUUGGAUCAGUUGAGGAAGAGGAGGUACGAAAGUUACUGUGUGGAAAAUCUGAUUCAGUACCAACCAGUAUACAGUAUAAUUUAACCACUUGCCAGGGUUGUUCAGGCUGUCCUGUCCUAGCAAUUCAAAUGGAUGCAAAAGGAUAUCUAAGAGCCGCUCUUCAGUUCCUGCAUUUUAGACAAACGAAAGGGAUUGUUGUGCGUAAACUGUAUGAGACAUGCAAAGCAAACGCUGACUUUGCAUGGGAAUAUGGAUUAUUUGGUAGUCCAUUAGUGUCUAGGGAAAUGACAUCACAAACACCAACUGGUCUAGGGUUUGUAACAACAGAAAGACAAUGUUUAUGGCAUUAUGUGGAUAUGUAUUAUGAGGAUACGGAUGAUGAGGACACAGAGGAGGAUAAGGAUGAUGAGGAUACAGAUGAAUAUAAGGAUGAUGAGGAUGGAUGACGAGGAUAUAGAUGGACUACAAUAACCAUGCAACAAUGCCAGGUAAAUUAAGAAGCUAUGAUUUAAACUUCUUUCCUUAUCCCUAAACAGCUAAAUCUUCAGUCACAGUUCUGUCCUAAAAGUUAGUAUAGAAAAUAUAUAAAAAUGUUUGCUUCAGUGCAAGCAA